UACCCUUAAGUCUGCUGUCUGUCAUCAUCAUCGCCGAAGGAGAAGUGAAGAAAAACCCCCGAAAAAGACGAAACGAGUGCGCCUGAAAGGAAGAAGAGGUUGAUUUUGCGGAAGCUGGACUGGAGUUAUUUUUUUUUAAUUUCGCUUGAAAAGGUACCGUAAGCACAACAAAGACAACAACAACAACCAGCAGCUUAUAACUGUUCCCGGAGUGCCAAUUGCCCGGCGACAACGACCAAAAUGUCCCCGGAACGCAAACCAGUGACACCUUGAGGCGUUGCGUCCGGUUGGGUCGGUGGAGUAUUGAAAGGAUCUAAAAGGAUGAGUAUCGAAUCUUCCGGGCUGUGUAGACUGGGAAGAUAAUAGGGAACCGAGGUUCCGGAGCUGGGUGUGGGAGUUGCGGGAAGAUUAGUAUUUUAACGGAACGAGGUCCACCGUGACGACGAUGGGAAGCUGUCUGACGUGCUUCAAGGCACCACCGAAUCCGACCGCCGGCAACGUUGGAGUUUGUGGUGGAGCGGUAAGCGGUCCGGAUGCCGCCGUAAUAGAUCCGGACGUGGCGGUUCACGAAACCGAUGACCUGCUGGCAGCGAGUCCUAUUCGGAUGAUCUCUCUCGGUUCGGACCGAAAGAGCGGUGGCAGUUUUAAGAAAACUCUACUUAACGGAAACCUGGGAGCACUGCCAGAUGGGUCCACAGUAACAGGCAAAGAUCUCGCGACGCAAAUCUCGGACAACGAUCUGAACAAACUGUUCGAGGAGUACAAGGACAGCCAGGAGGACGCGAUCCUGUCCGAGGGCAUCGAGCGGCUCUGCUGUGAUCUAGGUUAUAAGCCGGACGACUUUGCGAUCCUGGUGCUGGCGUGGCGCCUGGACGCGUCCCAGAUGUGCCAGUUCACCAAGUCGGAGUUCAUCCAGGGCCUGCAGCAGAUGAACGCGGCCAGCAUCGAGGACAUCAAGACGCGGCUGCGGCAGAUCAUCGACAAGCUGAGUGCCACCAGCGACGAGUCGGAGGACUUUAAGCAGCUGUACCGGUUUACGUUCCGGUUUGGGCUGGAACCGGGCCACCGGAUUCUCUCGCUGGACAUGGCCGUCAGUCUGUGGCGCCUGGUGUUUACGGUGCACACGCCCGACAUUCUGCCCCGGUGGUUGAACUUUCUCGAGCAGCACCAGAACAUCCGGGGCGUUCCGAAGGACACCUGGAACAUGUUUCUGAACUUUGUGGAAACCUGUGAUAUUACACAGUACGACGACACCGAGGCGUGGCCAAGCUUAUUCGACGACUUUGUCGAGUACGAACAGGAACGGAUGAAGGCCGUGGCGGCCGCGGCGAUGGCGGCCAACAGCAGCAAGUCAGACGGCACUGGCGACGGAGGUGGCCCCGACGAGGACGACAACAACAAUGACUACAACUCAUAGUAUUCUGCUGGUGCAGCAGAAACAGUGCUCCGUUUUAAGCGAACACGACCCGACGCGUCCUAUUAUUUUAUUUAUUCCUUUUUUCAUACCCAUUUUGCAACUCUGAACUUAAGUCGCAUCAUCCGACAUCUCUGAACGUCGUCGAACGACGUGCGAAUAUUUCAGCAAAAAACACACACACACAUAUUUGUUACUAUAACGAAUUUUUACUUUGUAAGACCCUAUGAUUACUCUUAACAUAGAAUUUGUGUUUUUUUUACACUCUCGUAUAACUAGAUAUCAGAAUUAAUUUUGGUGUAAUCCCCCCGUUACGAAUAAAGAAAGAAACAAAAACAUCGCAAAAAAAAAACUAAUGGUUUGACCAUAAACCCCUCACAAAGAAAAAAAAGAUUGAACGCAAACGCGCGAAUUUCGUCAAACCCCCUCCCCUCUUGAAUUUCAUAUCAGUCAACUGAUCAUCAGGCCACAGUCGAUGGGAAGCGAAACACGGAAUUUAUGUACAAGGUGUUUAUGCUAUCCCCUCGGGGUGAUGAGACGCGCCAAAAUUGCGACUUAAAACAACGUUUUUCCCAACACAGUUUAGCUCAAAUAUGUUUCGGAAGUAAAGAAAAACACUUAACAAAAAGAAAAGCUGCUUAUUUUUGAACGGUGUGUGUUAAAUGUCUUGUUUGGAAGAAGAAGAAGAAAAAAAAACUGAUCGAUGAAAACAAAAAAAAAA